GUGAAUGUCUCAUUAGUUUUUUUCCUUCAUUUUUAUCAGUUUCAUCUUUCUUCAGCUGACUCUCGACGACUUGUCUCUCACUAAGAAAAAAAGAAUCUCUCUUUCUCUCUACUACUUGCUUCUCUGUUUAGACGAUAGAUUUUGGUAUAUUAGACCCAAUCCCAAGUGCCAUUGAAAAUGUUUCGUUGGAAGAAUUCUUCUCAAACCGAACAAGAGCAUAAUGAGUCAGCUCUUAGAGAGGCCAAGAUCAAAGAGCUUAAGGCUCUCUUAGGUCAGCUAUCUGGAAGAAGUUCACUCUAUUGUUCAGAUGCAUGUCUGAAGAGAUAUCUGGAAGCUAGGAAUUGGAACGUAGUCAAAGCCAAAAAGAUGCUCGAGGAGACGCUGAAAUGGAGAUCUACCUUUAAACCUGAGGAAAUCCGAUGGGAUGAAGUUUCAGGUGAAGGUGAGACUGGUAAAGUUUACAAAGCUGGAUUCCAUGACAGGCAUGGAAGAACAGUUCUUAUACUGAGACCCGGCUUGCAGAACACAAAAUCUUUAGACAAACAGAUGAAACAUCUGGUGUAUCUCAUUGAGAAUGCUAUUUUGAAUCUGCCCGAGGAUCAAGAACAAAUGUCGUGGCUUAUUGACUUCACGAACUGGUCAAUGAGUACCAGCGUGCCUAUUAAAUCUGCUAGAGAAACGAUAAAUAUACUCCAAAAUCACUACCCUGAGAGACUUGCUGUAGCGUUUCUCUAUAAUCCUCCAAGACUAUUUGAGGCAUUUUGGAAGAUUGUGAAGUACUUUAUUGAUGCAAAGACAUUCGUCAAGGUGAAAUUUGUUUACCCAAAGAACCCGGAAAGCGUGGAGCUUAUGAGCUCAUUUUUUGACGAGGAAAAUCUCCCAACCGAAUUUGGAGGGAAAGCUUUGUUGCAGUAUAACUAUGAGGAAUUCUCCAAGCAAAUGAACCAAGAAGAUGUCAAAACUGCAAACUUCUGGGGAUUGAUUCACAGAAACAAUAACCAGCUGCAGGCGAGCAAUGGGUUUUCUGGAGCUGAGAUUUCUCCUGAGCCAAUCCAAACCAACCCUUAACCAGUUUUGAAGGCUAGAUGUUGUUUCAAAUGGUCUAAUUAUAGGCGCUUAUGAUGCUAGGAAGAGGGUUUGUAAAAUUUAGACAUGGCUUUGAUUAAAUAAAAGGAAGGAUUUGUAUUAGUAACUCUUGCAAGGUUUGUAGGUGAAUCCAAAAACUUUUACACUCA